UGCCGAGUGUGUGUGUGCGUGUGUGUGUGUGGGGGGACGUACCUCAUCUUCAGAUUCGUUGUGGGGCACCGAGAAGCAGUUCGUCACCUCGAUGGAGUGCUUGUCAAUAGUACCUGAGAAGGAGAAACAAGUUAAAAGCCUUCAGAGGAGGGACAUGAGUCUUGUUAUUGUCCUGCAGGCUGUGCUGAUGACAGCAUCCUCCGCUCAGUGGCUGCACACCUGACCGAGUCCAUCGGAGGCGCAGAUGAUGGAGCUCUCUCUGCUGCCGGGUUGUCGUCCUGUUGCCACCAUUUCUCCAGCCCACCGCCCGACACAUGUGCUCCAACGAACGCCAGAUGCUGCGACGCUGCUGAGCACCAGCGAUGGGUGUCAUCGAACCAAGGCGGACAGUCGCGGCUCGCUCUCGGAUCAGAUUUUCCUUUUUCUUGCGAUAAAACCCAUCCGGGUCUCGUCUACCCGUCGCUCCACUGAGCAGGUUUCAGUCAAGCAAACAAAUGGUCCAAUCAAAAGCCUCCGGACAGAGACUGCCAUAGGGAAGAUAUCAGUGACACGCUAAUACACCUGACACACACACACACACACACACACACACACUCGCGCACACGGGCCAUGGCGCUGGAGAACUCGGUCUUCCCCGUCCGGCCGGACUCUCUCUCGCUCCCCGUGGAGGAGAAGGGGGAAGGGGUGGAGGUGGCCACCGAGGCCUCCGCCGGCGUCUUCAGCCUCUCGGAGGACCUGGACCCCGCCGUCGCCACGGAGGCGGCGCUGCCGCAGCCGCCCUUGGCCAAGGUCAAGAGGUCGUUCCAGGCCAAGCUGGCGGAGCGGGAGGCCCAAGCCAACGAGCCCAGGAAGAAGACCCCGGGGGUGGAGAAGGAGAAGGAGAGGGGGAGGUUCGGGUGGGGCCGGACUCGGCGUAAGCGGCAGCGCUACGUGGAGAAGAACGGCCGCUGCAACGUGCAGCACGGCAACAUGCGGGAGACCUACCGCUACCUGACCGACAUCUUCACCACGCUGGUGGACCUCAACUGGCGCUGCUCGCUCUUCGUCUUCGUCAUGGCCUACGCCGUCACGUGGCUCUUCUUCGGGGCCAUCUGGUACCUCAUCGCCUACUGCCGGGGCGAUCUGGACCACCUGGGGGACGACACGUGGACGCCGUGCGUCAACAACGUCAACGGCUUCAUCUCGGCCUUCCUCUUCUCCAUCGAGACCGAGACCACCAUCGGCUACGGCCACCGCGUCAUCACCGACCAGUGUCCAGUGGGCACCAUGCUGCUGCUGCUGCAGGCCAUACUGGGAUCAAUGGUCAACGCCUUCAUGGUCGGCUGCAUGUUCGUGAAGAUCUCGCAGCCCAACAAGCGGGCGGAGACGCUGGUGUUCUCCAAGCACGCCGUCAUCUCCCUGCGGGACGACAAGCUGUGCCUGAUGUUCAGGGUGGGCGACCUGCGGAGCUCGCACAUCGUCGGGGCCAACAUGAGGGCCAAGCUCAUCAAGUCCAAACAGACGCAGGAGGGCGAGUUCAUCCCUCUGGACCAGACGGACAUCAGCGUGGGCUUCGAGACGGGCGACGAUCGCCUCUUCCUGGUCUCGCCGCUGGUGAUCUCCCACGAGAUCGACUCGCAGUCGCCCUUCUGGGACAUGUCGCAGGCCCAGCUGGAGAAGGAGGACUUCGAGAUCGUGGUCAUCCUGGAGGGCAUGGUGGAGGCGACCGGCAUGACGUGCCAGGCGAGGAGCUCCUACCUGGCCGAGGAGGUGAUGUGGGGUCACAGGUUCAGCCCGAUGAUGCUGCUGGCGAAGGGCUUCUUCGACAUCGACUACGGAGCCUUCCAUCACACGUUCGAGGUGGACACGCCCCCCUGCUCGGCUCGAGAGCUCUCAUUGGCUGCAGCCAGACUGGACGCUCACCUCUACUGGUCCAUCUCCAGCAGGCUGGACGAGGAGCCCACCCUGACCAACCAGAUGGCCGAGCAGCCAGACGGAGGAGGAGGAGGAGGAGGAGGAGGAGGAGGAGGGCCGACCUUCGUCGUGGGCGAGAUGACGGACAUCCAGGAGCAGACGGGACUGGGCGAGCUGAACGGCGGCGUCGCCACCGACCUGUCCGAGUCAGAGGCCUAGAACAGACAAUGCAAAGGACCUCCGGUUCCCCCAGUUAGCAUCGCCCCGUUCUACAGCGUAGGCCACGCCCCCUUUUACGAAAAGAGUCUACUGCUUGAUAUUCAGUCUUUUUUUUGGUUUUCUAUACGUCGAUCUUCGUGGCGCUCGCUACCUUCUUUCUUUUUGUCCAAUCGCCCUCGGUAUACGUUUUAAAGGAAAACACACACACACA